UACAAUCAGAAACAAUGCGAUUGUGCGGCAAAUGUCUAAAUCAUGGCCACCGGAUCCACGAGAUCGGUAUGCAUGUGAUUAAGUGUACGUACAAAACGUGUCAGUGCGACAAAUGUGCCGCACGUGUCCAGACAGAGGUAGUCAAGACUGUAGUGAAGACUAAUAGUAUUGCCGAACCUAUUAAAGACAGUAUUGUUGCUAUUGUUAACGGAAACAACGGUGUGGUGGCGGCGGACAAUAACAACGUGUCCGUACAAUUGCCAACAACUCGUGACACGUGUACGACGACACUAGAAACACGUGCUAUUCAAAAGGCUCGACAGUUGAGCAGCCGAUUGGCUAAGUAUGACGUGUCCGACGAUGUGCUGCGGACAGCUGUUUUGUAUGCCGUACUCAAACAAAAUAACCUCAACAUCGAUGACACGAUAGACAAGUUAUAUGAGGCCCGCACUCUCAUUACCGAAAGUAUUGUUUCGGAACACUUCGGAAGCAAUGAAUCCAAUGAUGACAACGACUCGUCAUCUGAUGAAUCUGUUGGCCAGUUAGACAUUCCAUGUAUUUUACGUAAUCCGAGCCAUACGGGCGUUCAAAAGGCCAGAAAGUCAUUUCCGAAACAACGACCGCCGAAACCUGUUAUUACUGAGAAGACUUGUGAUAGAAAUGGCAAUCAUAUUAAUGGCAACAACUCGUUGACUAUUAAGACACCAAUGCCUUCGGUUAAAACAAAUGAACCGAUUUUAGCUAAUUCUUCAUUUAUUAGCACAACAACAGCUACAACCAGUUCUAGCAAAUUAUUACCAAACAAUAUACUGACCAAUCGAUCGCAAACUAUUAUAUCAGAUAUAUCGACGAAUAAAACGUCACUUAAUAUUACAAUUUCAAACAAUAAUCCCGUCAUUACGUCUCACUUGAAUCGGUCUCCUAUUGAUGUCCGACCCAAACCAAUAGUGUUGGGCUCUACACUGAUACCUAUGAAUCCCAAUCAAUCCACUUAUAUGUUUAUGCCGGUUGUCACCAACACUACAGUCAGUACUAAUAAUGAAAAUACACAUCACAUACCUGUCCCGAAGCAAACCAGCACAAGUGUCACAUUAAUUAAGCCUACAUUCUUAACUAGUCGUCCAAAAACCACUCAAUCUCUACACAAAAUGAGUUCCCCUAUUAAUAGAUCUACCGGUAAUCGUAUUUUACUGCCUAAAGAGCCACUCACUACUGGUCCCACAUCACAUAAACUUAUACGUUUGAGUACACCUUCACAGACGACUACUGGUAUAACUAGCCAACAAAAAACAAUUAAUCCGGUAUUUCAAAAAUUUUCGACACCAUCACCGAUAAUGGGUUCAAAUAAUACAACUAAUUGUUUAAGAAAUUAUCGAAAAUCGCCAGUCGUUCAAAAUCGUAAUGAAUUAAUAAACAAUCAAAAAGAUAAGUUAUGCGCUAAAAUUAUUACACCCGAAGCAGCACUGGCAGCCAUAUCAGCCAUAACUACUUCAAGACGACCCAUUGGUGAUGAAUAUAUACUACCCGAUGGUGUCGAUGAUGGCAUUGAAGAGGAGCCUAAUAGUAAUGAUCUCAAACACUCUAAGUCCAGUCUAUUGCUUAGUAAUCACAGAAAGACAGAUAUCUCUUCAUUAUUAUCAUCCGAUUCCAGUUAUCACGAAUCCAUUCCCUCAACGAGUAAACAAUUUAAUAGUAUUUUAAUCCCAAAUAGAGUACUCGCGAACAAACAUAAGGAAAUUGUUGUCAUUGAUAUUGACUGAUAUAAUCAAAUUAAAUAUACAAAUAUUUUAUUUUUUACUAAA